UCGCUUCCGGUUUUCCGGAGCGUCCGCCGGGAACACGUCGGCGCUCUUGAACGCUCCCCAGAUCCUCGCCGCGCAGCGGAGGAAACAUCGCAGGGCUCAGACGACGUCGCUAUGAAAUGGCAGAAACUGCCUUUGUCGCGGAAGCACAAAGACUAGCUAAGUUAUUCGGAGGCUGCUCGUGUGUUUUGUCGUGAUCCCGGCCCGAUAGCGUGACGGAAAAACCGUUGUGUUUCACGCGGGAGAACGGACCAAAGAGCAGUUUUUCCCCAGAAACGCGUCCGGGUUGUGUCCAGCAGGGAGCGGGCAGCGACUGCGGCUCGACGCUGUUGGAAAUAAACGGUGAGAGGUGUUGAGAGCAGAGCUCCACUUGGAUGCCCAGUUACGGCACCUGUGUUCGUCCAAGGCUUCACCAUGAACCGGAACAAGCGUGAGAAGGAGUACUACAGUAUAGAUGUUGGCGAUUCAACUUUUACGGUUUUGAAGCGCUACCAGAAUCUCAGACCAAUUGGAUCUGGAGCCCAGGGAAUUGUGUGUUCAGCGUAUGACCACAAUCUUGAGAGGAACGUUGCGAUCAAGAAGCUGAGUCGGCCCUUUCAGAAUCAGACACACGCCAAGCGGGCCUACAGAGAACUGGUCCUAAUGAAAUGUGUCAACCACAAAAAUAUAAUUGGCCUAUUAAAUGUAUUCACACCACAGAAGACACUGGAGGAAUUCCAAGAUGUGUAUCUAGUUAUGGAGCUGAUGGACGCCAACCUCUGCCAGGUGAUCCAGAUGGAGCUGGACCACGAGAGGCUGUCCUAUCUGCUCUACCAGAUGCUGUGUGGAAUCAAACACCUGCACGCCGCCGGCAUCAUUCACAGGGACCUGAAGCCCAGUAACAUUGUGGUGAAGUCUGACUGCACCCUAAAGAUCCUGGACUUCGGUCUGGCCAGGACGGCCGCCACCAGCCUCCUCAUGACGCCUUACGUGGUCACACGCUACUACCGCGCCCCUGAGGUCAUCCUGGGCAUGGGCUACCAGGCCAACGUGGAUAUUUGGGCUGUUGGCUGCAUUAUGGCAGAAAUGGUUCGCCACAAAAUCCUUUUUCCAGGAAGGGAUUAUAUCGAUCAGUGGAACAAGGUGAUCGAGCAGCUGGGGACGCCGUCACAGGAGUUCCUGCUGAAGCUCAACCAGUCUGUGCGGACCUACGUGGAGAACCGGCCCCGGUACGCCGGCUACAGCUUCGAGAAGCUCUUCCCUGACGUCCUGUUUCCCGCAGACUCCGAACACAACAAACUGAAAGCGAGCCAAGCCCGCGACCUGCUGUCCAAGAUGCUGGUAAUAGACGCAUCCAAGCGGAUCUCUGUGGAUGAGGCUCUUCAGCACCCUUAUAUCAACGUGUGGUACGAUCCCACCGAGGUGGAGGCGCCACCACCUGUGAUCACAGACAAGCAGCUGGAUGAGAGAGAACACACAGUGGAGGAGUGGAAAGAAUUGAUAUACAAAGAAGUGCUGGACUGGGAAGAAAGGACGAAGAACGGCGUCAUCAGGGGACAGCCGGGAUCCAUAGGUGCAGCAGUGAGCGGCAGCUCUCACCAGCACCACCCGUCCACGUCCUCCUCCACCUCCACCAACGACGUCUCCAUGUCCACGGAUCCGAUGCUGACCGACACUGACAGCAGCCUGGAGACGGCCGGCGCCUCCGCCGGCGGUGCUGCGGCCGCCGACCCCCUGGGCUGCUCCAGAUGACUAUAACCUCCACCUCCUCUCGGCCGCGGUCGCCGUGGUUACCGGCUCCCCUACGACACCACCAGCCUGACACUGGCUCCUCCCCCGACACUAGCCUCUUCCUUUACCUCCCGUCUGUGCUUGUCUAUAGUAGCGUAGCGAUUAGCCAACUAGCUGUUUGAGAAGUAUUUCGUAAGAACGGAACGUUUUCUUAAAAAAAACAAUGGCAGUCACAGUUUUUAAUUUAAAGUUUAGGUCCUUGCUGUAAUUUAUUGUGGCAUAUCUUCAAUUUCCAGUAAAUGGGCAUAUCCGUUUAUUUAACCUAAGAUUAAGGUUUAUUUGUUAAAACCUUUUCUUUUCACAUCACUACUAAUUCACUGCAAGAGCUUCAUCGCUGAGAGCUCCAUAUUUAAGUCUGCUUGACUUGGUCCCGUCUGCCUGAUGUACAAAAAAGUAGCAAUAUACAUGUUUGUAUCGGACUCUUAGGUUCCCGUUCAGGAAGCUCAGCUGUUUAAUGGAAGAAGCUUAAAUGAUUCUUUACUUGUGUUUAAGCUCUGGUGUUGAUGAUGCAACAGUUAGACGUGUAUCAGGUUUUAAGGUGCUUUUAAGUAGAUCUUUGUGUCUCCGACAGGCUGUGACACGUGGUUGUGAUGGACGUGGUUGGAUGGCAUGUGCUUUGGAGCAUAUUCUGCACGGCUCCUCUGUUCCACCGUCCAACAGGCUUUGAUGGUGUUUUGUGGUGCUUCAGAAGGGGUUUUGAGACGUAGAGUUGAGUGGGAGCGUAAAGCCAGCGCAGGUGUAAGUAGAAUGUGCUCGGGUCACGUAGGGAGUUGGAAGUAAUGAUAAUGCAUGUGUUGAUUUAGCUUUUUGCCUUGGAGGGAUGGUGUCUGCAGCCUGAUGGAACCGCCUGGAACGUGUUUCUGUCGCCACGUCCUGUCAUUAGCCGCGUUUAUUUGGAAAGUUUAGAAGAACCCCAAACCCGGCAACACACAAAAAGUCAAAAAGAGGAACGAUUCUAACUGGAUGCAAUAACGAUGCCCUGAGCGUCUUUGAUUUUGCUUUGAAAGUGCCUGUUGCUUGUUCGUUCCUGGGAGGAAGCCUGUUUGUCAAAUGUAGGUUGUCGUGGCGUCUUUGGACUUCACACCAGUGAUGUGUGAUGAAGUUGUAAACCCCCCCCCCAAAUGUAUUGUAUAUUUUUCUACCUGUCUUGAUUUUGAACGUCAGGCGAGAAUGUUGUUUUGCGGGUCGUGAGGUGCGAUGAUGUGUGUCGGUGCUUGCUUGAGCAUGCGUUUGUUUCUUUUGCGAGGAAAAGGCAGUUUCAUCAAGGUCCUUCAUCAAAGUGAGAAGCAGUGAGAGCAACCUUUUUUUUGGGGUUUUCCUUUUUGUACCAGUGUAAUGUGACGAUCCUAGGAAGGAAGAACUGAGGGGGAGCGUUUUGAGGUUCAACUACUGGAUCGAGCGACACAAGUUGACCGACUGCAUUGGUGACAGUAUUUUGCGAAUGGAAUCCGAGUGUGUUUAUUGUUGAAUGGCUCUAGUUUAGAACAUUUCAGAAGCAGUGUUUCUGGAUUAAUUCAGCUUUUUGCGUGAAGUUAUGUUGCAAACAAUCUUCUGUUUGAACAUAACCUGUCGCCACUGUCUGCAUCACUAAAGCUCCUACAUGUAUCUGACAGUGCAGAGUCAGGCUCUGUCACACACACCGUCAUGGAGCACGAGCAGCUGUUGGAAGUUGACAGCAAAGAAUUGCUGCUUGACGUGUGAAAUCCUGUAACACUAUGCGUCAUCUGUCUACAGACUUAUACGUAACCAUUGAUUUAGCAGCAUACAUUAUGCUUCAUGGCUCACUCUGCUAUGGUCUUAAUGACUUCACAGCUGACUGUGUCCCUCUGUAACAGCUAGCUAGUUUGUCACUAGCACUCAACCGGGUUGCACCAUUAAAACCAGACGCUUCUAAUGAUAUAAUGUAAUGUCUCAAACAGACAGUUGGUCAUGUAGGCGUUUGUUUAAUUUAUCUUCAUGGAUCACAUUUUAAUUAUUAGCCAGGAAUAAGAAGCGAAUAAGACGUCCUGCUAAGCUAAGCUAAUCACUUUUGUUAGACUAAUGGAAAAAUUUUUAGUUGAAGUUUAUUUUUGUGGGAUACGUUUUGAAAUGUAUAGUAGUAAACAUUUUGAGUUCCAGUCUAUUAAUAUGUACAAACAUAAGCAAUCUAAUGUCAGUUACUUAUUUACAGCUUCACAAUGAGUUAAACCUGCACUAAUUUAGCCUCCAAUAAUAAAUGAGUGAGAACUAAUUUAUAUGGUGCAACCUGUUAUAAUUUAGUGACUUUAACUCUAUGUCUAACAAAGAGCUCCUGCUCUGUUUUCAUCCAUCAGAGCAGCCACAGUACAAACCUAAAUCAGAGCUGCUGUCAGAUUUUUCUAACCCCAGGACACUAGAGGUGUCACAGCUGAACCUCAGCACAUGAGCCCAUUCACAUUUUCGCUGCAUCAGACAAAAACCUAUUGUUUGCUGAAGUGCUCUUAAUUUUGCGAGUUCAAACAUUUGGGGGCUUUUUAUUCUUUUUAGGUCGUUGCUAUUUUUUAAAAUUCCUGCGUCUUUGAAAACAAAUGUCACGAUUUAAGUCGGCUUUGAUGAACUACCUCACACUGAAUUUCUUCCAGUCCUUGCAUAUUAUUUAGUCGCCUGCAGAAAUAGUUAUUGAAGACGUGUGAAUAACAGAUUCCAUUAUUUAUUUAUUUGAAAGUGUACUAUUUGUUGGUUUCAACAGACUUCUAGUUUUGUACAUUAUGUAUACUUCACCUAGAAGUAAGAGUUCUUGUAUGUAUUUUUUUUCCUUUUCUUUAAUUUGUUAUAGUUUUUAAAGUAACUGUGCAAUACCUUCAGCAAACUGUGCUAGUAGUAUGUGUUGGGCCUAGCCUUCGUUAGCUGUCUCCUGAAGGUAAAGAUGAUGUUUGGUACUGUCAAUCCAUGUUUUACUUUAUGAAAAACAUCCAUUUUUGUGACUUGUUAAUGGUCUCGUGUCCCAACGGACUGUCUGUCGCAGCUCUUUGAGUCACAGCGUGGGCGACAGACUUUGUUUUUCGGGAGCCAGUAAGCAGAAUAAUGUUUCACCGUGAAAAAGAUGAGUCUAUACCUAAAAGAAAUCACAUGUAUGGUGCUGGUUUGUCAUGUUUGCUAGUGAAUCCAGCCAUGCAAGUAGUUUUAACAAUUCUUGGAUCUGCGCGUCCCAAAAACCGCAACCAACAAAGAAGUGCACUACUAGAAUACAUGCACUGGGAUGUGAUGAUGCCAUCUCUUAAAAAAUAAAAAAUGUACAACAAAUAAAAAAUAUACACUUUCA